UCUCGCGAUAAGAAACAUACGUUUACCUUGGGCUACGCACGAAAAAAGGCUAAAGUCUGCGGGCUUUGAGAGCAACUUUACCCGGGAGACAUGAGUGUGACACUCUCACAGGGGGCGGUUGAGGCCCUGUUCAAAGGCUCACAGGUGAACAAUCCCGUGCUGCAGGUUCUGAGCAUCCGUCAGAUCAGUAAUGCCUCAGGCCCGCCCAGGUACCGGUUUGUGCUGAGUGAUGGUCAGCACUGUUGGUCUUCCUUCCUGCUGGCCACCCAGUUAAACAAUCUGGUAGACGAGAACCUCCUGGUACCGAAUUGUGUGUGUAUGAUGAAGAAGACCAUCACCAACACAUUGACAGAUGGCAGGCGCGUGGUGAUUGUGAUGGACAUGGAGAUACUGCAGUCGGCCGAGGAAACUGGAGGGAAGAUUGGAAAUCCUGCUCCAUUUAAUUCAGAUGAUAAGAAUGAGAAUGUGGGGUCAAGCACCUCUGUCUCAGUAUCACCUCCAUCAGCUGCAGUACCUGGACCCUCCUACAAGAACAGCAGCACCUACUCUCCUUCCCGAGGCCGUGGAAGAGGUUUUGUGGGAAAGUCACCCAUGAAGACUUCACCCAUGGAGGCUUCACCCACAAAGGCUACACCCUCGAACUUCUCACUUAUGAAGUUUUCCCCCUCAAAAGCCUCACCCUCAAAGUUUUCACCCUCAAAGGCCUCACCCUCAAAGUUUUCACCGGCAAAGGCCUCGCCUGCAAAGUUUUCACCCAUGAAGUUUUCACCCAUGAAAGCUACCAGCACUUCUCCAAGUUCUUCCUCAAAACUGAUUCCUAUUGCCAGCCUCAACCCCUACCAAAGCAAGUGGACUGUCAGAGCCCGGGUCACGAACAAGUCCAAUGUCCGCACCUGGAGUAACUCUAAAGGAGAGGGCAAGCUCUUCUCCUUUGAGAUAGUGGAUGAGAGUGGAGAAAUCAAGAUCACAGCCUUCAACAACGAAGUGGACAAGUUUUUCUCUCUAGUGGAGCAAGGCAAGGUGUACUACAUCUCCAAGGCAACGCUGAAGGUGGCCAACAAACAGUACUCCACACUGAAGAACGACUAUGAGAUGACCCUUCACGCUCAUUCAUCCAUUGUACCGUGUGAUGACACUGAGGGCAUCCCCACAGUGCACUGUGACUUUGUGCCCAUUGCAGAGCUGCAGAGCAGAGACAAGGACGCCAUCAUUGAUGUAAUUGGAGUGUGUAAGAGUGCAGAGGAUGUAUCCCGUAUCACCACUAAGACCAGCAGAGAAGUCUCCAAGAGGGCCCUCAACCUAAUAGACACAACUGGCAAAGUGGUGACAGUCACACUAUGGGGAGAAGAGGCAGAGAAGUUUGACGGCUCUGGGCAGCCUGUGGUCGCCAUCAAAGGAGCUCGCUUGUCUGAUUUCGGGGGCCGAUCUCUCUCUGCUUUGUUCAGCUCGACAGUCAUGGUCAACCCAGACAUACCGGAGGCCUUUAGAUUGAGGGCCUGGUAUGACCAGAAGGGCUUUGCACUCGACAGCCAAUCCCUGACAAAUUCAAGGUCAUUGGGCAGCGGAGUAAGGGUGAACUGGAAAACCCUGAGCGACGUUAAGAAUGAACACAUGGGGCAAGGAGAGAAGGCGGAGUAUUUCAGCUGCUUGGCAACAGUGGUGUACAUUCGUAAGGAGAAUUGUCUGUACCGGGCCUGUCCAUCUGCGGACUGCAACAAGAAGGUCAUAGACCAACAGAACGGACUGUACCGCUGCGAAAAGUGUGACAGAGACUUCCGCAACUUUAAAUACAGACUCCUACUUUCUGCCAACUUAGCAGACUUCGGGGAUAACCAGUGGGUGACAUGCUUCCAGGAGACAGCUGAGGUCCUGUUAGGUCACAGUGCAGAAACACUGGGACAGUUCAAAGAGACAGACGAGGCUGCAUUUGAUGAAGUCUUCCAGAAAGCCAACUUCACAACGCACAUCUUUAAAAACAGAGUCAAGCUGGAGACGUACAAUGAUGAGAGUCGAGUGAAGGUAACUGUAAUGGAAGUCCAGCCAGUCGACCACAGGGAAUACAGCAGGAGACUCCUCAGUAACAUCCGCAAACUGGCUGGCUGAACCUGCUCCCAGUAAUCCAAAUGGCUGCCUGGUAAUUAAACAUGUCUUCGACUGGUUUCCAACUGGUGUCCAACGUUUUCGACCAGUGAGAUAACAGCAUAUCUGACAGAGGCAGCAGAGGGGCAGCCAGUGAUUCAUCUGAGUAAAUGGCAGCCAAACAAAAGACUGAUAUUUAGUUGUUCACUUCCUUCAACACACCAGUUGUGAGACACUGGAAAUGUGAUGGAAAUGACUUUUAGCUUUUUAUUUAAUGACAUUUUAAGUGAGGUUUGACUUUUAGAUCACAUAGAAGUGUGUUUUAGACCUGCUUGCGUUUUUUUAUGUCGUAUCAUAUACGCUUGCCCUUCUUCUUUCUUUUUGUACAAGUGACUCAUGUCUUUGAUUCAAAUGUGUGUGUUGGUGAUGCUCAGUGUUAGUCGAGUAAGACAUAGAUGAGUCAGAUUUAUUUAAUUGUUUCAUUUUAAAAAUGAAGGCAAGGGAAGAGUGUGUGGGAGAUGCACGUGUUUGCGUUUGUUUUAACUGUAUCCAGUCUCUGCUGCCUGUUAAACUGGCUCUUUGUUUGCUUUGGUUUUAAAAAGAAAAGAAAAAGUUUGGUUUGCUUUCAGGCGUCCAAAAAAUAUCCAACAAGGAAGGGUGAUUAAAAAGUGUUAAGAUAAAAGCAGCGUUUGACUUUAUCACUUCACUUUAAAGGGUAUCUGCAGGUCUUAAAAAGCACUGAACUGAGUUCCUCGAAAAAAUAAAAAAGCUGCCUGCUGUGGGCAGGGGGAGCGAGUGAACAGCGCUUUCCCCACUCUUAACAUCCAUGGCUGAAGUGCCCUUGAGCAAGGCACCUAGCCCCCUAACUGCUCUUUCUCACUGCUCCUAGUGUGUGUGUGUGUCUGUUCACUACUCACAGAUGGGUGAGAUGCAGAAAUCAGAUUUCCUGUAUGUGUAAAAACAUACUUGGACAAUAAAGAAUUCUUCUUCUGCAGUAAUGUUGGUUUUAAAAUAUGUUUCAGCAUCUGAUUUCCAACUGUCAGGAGACAUUAUAGACAACAACAUUAGACAUUAGACAUUAUACUGUACAGUAUACACUAUGAACAAUGUUGGACAAGUGACUUGAAAACAAUUGCUCAUUGCUCAUU